AAUGAGAAGGCCAGUUAACACAAAACAGGAAGCACCAGCUCUGUGGCAGGACAGAACGGCCCGUCGCCCAGAGGGAGGAGUCGUGUAAUGCUCCUUAUUUGGUGGAAAGAGAUCACAUGGGCUGCCGCGUCUGAACAACAGUUGUGAAGAAGUCAAAGAACUUCGAACUCUGCCGAGCCCAGGAGACUUGGGGUGAGACAGAGAGAAAAAAGACUCAAGAAACCAAACAAAACAGAGCACAUGGUGUAAGGGAAAAUGCCCACCAACUUCACAGUGGUGCCGGUGGAGGACACCCCAUUAUCAGAGCCAGACUAUGAUGAACACAUACUGAAAGAAGAAGACAAGGAGGAGCCAGACAUGGUAGCAGGACCCUACUCAGGUGAGGAGACCCCCAGAGAAACCAGCUCUUUAAUCAGUACAGAUCAUGAUGACAGCAUCUACGGCAAGAAUAUGGCUCUUUAUGAGGACGAGAUGGACAGCACUCCGAUGGUGUCAUCCCUCCUCAACAAACUGGCCAACUACACCAACAUAACCCAGGGGGUCAUCGAGCAUGAGGAGGCUGAGAGUGAGGAUGGGAUACAGAGAGUCGCCGUAAAGGGCCCUCAGAUGGGCACAUUCAUAGGAGUGUUCCUGCCCUGCAUGCAGAACAUUCUGGGUGUGAUUCUGUUCCUGCGGCUCACGUGGAUAGUGGGUACCGCCGGAAUCAUGGAGGCCCUCGCUGUUGUCUUUAUGUGCUGUUCUUGCACCAUGCUGACUGCAAUUUCAAUGAGUGCCAUUGCGACUAAUGGUGUAGUGCCUGCUGGUGGCUCAUACUACAUGAUCUCCAGAGCAUUAGGCCCAGAGUUUGGAGGAGCAGUGGGUUUGUGUUUCUACCUGGGCACCACAUUUGCAGGUUCUAUGUACAUACUAGGAACCAUGGAAAUAUUUUUGACAUACAUCAUGCCCACUGCAACUGUGUUUAAUGCAGAAGAGCCAACUGGGAUGCAAAAUAACAUGCGUAUUUAUGGCACAUGCUGUUUAGCUAUCAUGACCCUGGUAGUGUUUGUUGGAGUGAAAUAUGUCAACAAGCUGGCCUUGAUCUUCCUGUCCUGUGUGGUGCUGUCAAUUAUGGCCAUUUACGCAGGCGUCAUCCAAAGCGCAUUCAAGCCUUCUAAUUUUCAAAUCUGUCUGCUAGGCAACCGCACCUUGCAAAAUUCUAAGUUUGACAAGUGUCUAAAGACGGAGGUCAUCGACAAUGUAACCCACCCCACCCAACUGUGGAAACUUUUUUGCGAAGGUGACUUCAAUGGAAAUGCAACAUGUGAUGAGUACUUCACCCAUAACAAUUUGACAGAGAUUGAGGCUGUUCCUGGCUUGCUCAGCGGGGUCAUAUCAGAUAACAUGUGGGGACACUAUGGACAAUACAGGGCGGUAGUGGAGAAGAAGGGACAGAGUUCAGAACGGGUUUCAGAUAACACGGACAAGGAUAUUUCAAUGCCUUAUGUCUUCAAUGACAUUGCCACCUUCUUCACCCUUCUGGUUGGAAUCUACUUCCCCUCGGUGACAGGAAUCAUGGCUGGAUCGAACAGGUCUGGAGAUCUUAGAGACCCUCAGAGGUCCAUUCCCACUGGUACCAUUCUGGCUAUUGUAACCACCUCUUUCAUCUACAUUUCCUGUGUAGUGUUAUUUGGAGCAUGUAUUGAAGGUGUGGUGUUACGAGACAAGUAUGGAGACUCAGUUAAGAAAACUCUAGUUGUUGCAACACUAGCUUGGCCAUCGUCAUGGGUGAUUGUGAUUGGCUCGUUUUUCUCCUGUUGUGGAGCGGGGCUACAGAGCCUCACUGGUGCUCCCAGGAUCCUUCAGGCUAUAGCACGAGAUGGCAUCAUGCCAUUCUUACAGGUGUUUGGUCAUAGUAAAGCUAAUGGUGAGCCAACCUGGGCUUUACUCCUAACUGCAGCCAUCUGUGAGAUUGGGAUCCUCAUCGCUUCCCUGGAUGCUGUUGCUCCCAUCCUGUCAAUGUUUUUCUUAAUGUGUUACCUCUUUGUAAACCUGGCCUGUGCUGUCCAAACACUUCUACGCACCCCAAAUUGGAGGCCAAGAUUCAAGUUCUACCACUGGUCACUCUCUUUCCUUGGGAUGAGCCUGAGUCUCUCGCUCAUGUUUGUCUCAUCUUGGUACUAUGCUUUGGUUGUCAUACUGAUUGCUGGAUGCAUCUACAAGUACAUUGAAUACAGAGGGGCAGAGAAGGAAUGGGGAGAUGGGAUUCGAGGAUUAUCGCUUAACGCAGCUCGUUAUGCCCUAAUAAAACUAGAGGAGGCGCCACCUCACACCAAGAACUGGAGACCACAGCUGCUGGUGCUCCUAAAGUUGGACUCUGACUUGGGGGUAAAGCAUCCACGUCUGCUCUCCUUUACCUCACAGCUGAAGGCUGGGAAAGGCCUGACCAUCGUCUGCUCGGUGCUGGAGGGCACCUACAUGGCUCGUGGGGCAGAUGCUAAGCUCUCUGAACAGAAUAUCAAAGCAGCUAUGGCAAAGGAGAAAACGAAGGGUUUCUGUCAUGUGGUGGUAUCCUCUAACCAGCGGGAUGGUUUCUCUCACCUGAUCCAGUCCGCAGGCCUGGGUGGCAUGAAACACAACGCGGUGCUUGUGGCCUGGCCCGCCAACUGGAAACAGUCCGAGAGCUCCCUCUCCUGGAAGAACUUCAUUGAAACCGUCAGAGAGACAACAGAAGCCCACCAGGCUCUGUUAGUGGCGAAAAACAUUGAUACUUUUCCCACAAACCAGGACCGGUUAGCUGAGGGUACCAUUGAUGUCUGGUGGAUUGUCCAUGAUGGUGGUCUACUCAUGCUUCUUCCUUUUCUGCUCCGCCAGCACAAGGUUUGGAGAAAGUGUAAGAUGAGGAUCUUCACAGUGGCUCAGAUGGAUGACAACAGCAUCCAGAUGAAGAAAGACCUGCAGAUGUUCUUGUACCACCUGCGUCUUGAUGCGAAGGUGGAAGUUGUGGAAAUGCAUGCAGGUGAUAUCUCAGCCUUCACCUAUGAGAAGACCCUUGUGAUGGAGCAACGCUCUCAGAUGCUGAAGCAGAUGCAGCUUUCUAAGACAGAGCGGGAGAGAGAGAUUCAAAGCAUUUCAGAUGAAUCCCGGAAUUCCAUCAGGAGGAAGCCCUGCGGGCAGAAACCAUCUCACAACAACAAGUUACAAGUGCCAACUGUAAUUCUGGAUGAGGAGCCUCAGCUGAUUCAUGACAGGAACACUAAGUCACAUGCCAUUCUGAACGACAAGCCCACGCCUACUUCAGACCGGGUCCAUAUGACCUGGACCAAAGAGAAGCUGAUUAGUGAGAGAAACCGCCAACAUCGAGAGGCCAACAUGACUGUGCGGGACAUCUUCAAUAUGAAACCAGAGUGGGAGAAUCUGGAUCAGACUAAUGUGAGAAGAAUGCACACUGCAGUGAAACUGAAUGAGGUUGUAGUCAACAAAUCCCAGGGAGCCCAACUGGUGCUGCUGAACAUGCCAGGACCACCCAAAAACAAGGGCGGGGAUGAAAACUACAUGGAAUUUCUGGAGGUCCUCACAGAGGGAUUGGAGCGGGUGCUGCUGGUCCGAGGUGGCGGCAGGGAGGUCAUCACCAUAUACUCGUAGCAUCAAGCAGGAACAGACACUGAGGAGAGCAUUUCUGUCAGAAGAAGCUGUCCAGAGCUGCACAGAUACUGUACAAAUGGGCUCAGGACAGGAAGUCCCACUCCAGCUGCAGGCCAGCACAGCACAUUUGAGGAUUCUUCUCAUUUAGCGUUGUCCACUUGUGAUCGGAUUGACGAAAACGCAUUUUGUAAAAACCCAGGUGUAAAUAGGGUCUUGAAUGUGGUCCUUAUCAUUUAAAUAGAGACAAGCCAAAGACUUAAAUUUAUCCCAUAAGACUUGAAGAGAGUGGCAUCAGCUGUCUUAUUUCUCAUGUAACUCUAAGGGACAGUGUUUGAAUCAUUUUAAGUAUUUGUAUAUGUAAUUUAUAUGUGUUAAAUGUAGUUUUUCAUCUUAUUACAUUCUUCUGCUGAGCUUUAUGUAAUGUCAUGUUAGUUUGAUUCAGUAGAUUUUGGUAAGUUUUGAUAUCAGUGUUGUUCACAUUGCAGUAUAAGUAAAAUUGUGAUUUGUAUCAUCAGCCAAACCUGAAAUAUGUCAGUGCUAAAGAUUUCAUAUAGUUUAAUACUACUUUUUUUCCCCUAAAAUGUUUAAAAUUUGGUAUUCUUUUCAUGAAAUGUUUUUGGUAUUAUUUUUCUCAAAACAAAUAUGUAUAAUUUAUAUGAAAUUUUCUACAUAUUUUAUAUUAAAAAGGUUCUCACAAGUUUCCAUCAUAAAGGUUCAUAUAAUUUUUUAUAUGAUUACACUCAUUGUUGGACAAAUUGUAAAUAAAUGAUCCAUAUAGUUAUAUUUCUAUUUUAUGUGUUGCUGUAUAUUGUCAGGAAAUGUUUUUUGUCAACAAACGUGGACCUUAUAAUCAACUGCAGACAGGCCUGAUGUACAAUUCACACCCUCCUCUCCAGUAGAGGGGGAUGAACACAAACCAUUAAAUACUCCUAUUGUGAUGUUCUGUUUUGAAAGUGGCAUCUCAGCUUUCAGUGCUAUUGACCAGACAGGACUGAAAUACCUAAUAUGUUUUAUGUUUAAUUUUCUGUGGGUGCAGUCCUGGACACUAUAUGAAAGAUUUAUUGUAACCAGAAAAUAUUGUCUAUACUUGCCAAAGAAUACUGACCAUGGAAGAAUAUACUUUUAGGGAAUAACUAAUCCCUUUAUCUUGUAAAACCCUAACUACUUGCUUGAUAUGCUUCUUGUGUUUCACAUGAGGCUCUAUUUUCAGUUAAUUCCUUUGGCAAGUUUUCUUGUCAUGUGGUUUGGAAUGACUAAUUUCAACAGUUUACAGUCAUAGCGCUCGUCCAAGUGCACAAAAGACACUGUAUCCUGAGCUAUUCAUAUCUCACCUGCCUCAAAGGGAUAGUCCCAAAAAUGAAAAUUCUGUUAUCACUUACUCACCCUCAAGUUGUUCCAAAUCUGUAUGAGUUUCUUUCUUCUUUUGAACACAAAAGAAGAUAUUUUAAAGAAUGUUGGUAGUCAAACAGUUGAUGGAAGCCAUUGACUUCCAUAGAAGGAAAAAAAUGCUAUGGAAGUCAAUGGCUACUGUAAACUGACAGGUUACCAACAUUCCUCAAAAUAUAUUUUGUGUUCAACAGAAGAAAGAAACUCAUAGAGGUUUGGAACAACUUGAAGGUGAGUAAGUGAUGACAGAAUUUUCAGUUAUAUUUUUACCAAUAGGACUUUCUACAUGAUUUGUGUUGUAUUCAGCAAGAAAAUGCAACAGGCUCAAAUAUGGUGAUAAGAUUACACAAUAAAAUAAAAUUACGUAAAUGUGUCAUUGGUUGCAAAUUGAUAUUUAAAUAUAUUUUUUGUAAAGAAUAAAAACAUUCAUCCAGGA